GGCUGGUCUGAGCGCAGCGAGUCCCUGGAGCUGGUGGUGACAGGGACAGACAACGAUCCCAGCGGGCGAGGUCAGCCUGCUGGACCCCUGACCCUGCGGUCAGAUGAGGAGGUCCUCCAGGUGUGGCCACAGGCCAGGGACCAGAUGGCCCGAGCCAACAUAUCAGGGGAUGCCUGAGGAAGGCCCUGGUGAAGCUGGCCCCCGACCCACGGCCCUGGGCCCCACGACAGUCCCCAGCUCCCGGGAGUACAAGGUGCUGAACUGUGUCCGCCUGGGCCUGGCCGCGGUGGUCCUGCUGGUCCUGGCAGGGAUUCUGGUGGAUGCUCAGUGUGGUGGCGCGGGCCCCAGUGAGGACGCAGUGACAGAGGCCAGGGAGCCCCCGCCAGGAGGAUUGGCCCGCGGGGGACACUCUGAUGGCUCCGAGGCUCCGCUGAGAGACCCAGAACCGCAGUGACCGGCCGCUCCGUGGGCGCCGUGGGAGGCUGUCCCUGGAGACCUGACUCACUCUGUCGGCCUCCUGUCUCGGAGGGCUGGCCUCAACGUCCAGUGCUUGUGGUCGCGGCGCCUCGUCCCGGCCCUCCCGGGGCUCUAUUCCCUCCUGGCUCAAAGGCAGAACCGGCUCCCCCAGCCUCACCCACCCUCUUCACUGCCCUCCUCCAGCCCCUCCGAGGCUCCGGGCCUGAGCCAUUUCUGCAGGUCACCCUGUGCCGGGACAGGGUCAGCAUCCUGGGGUCCCCCUCAUGCCCAUGUCAGAGCCUCCCACCUGCCACCUCAGGCUUCCCCAGAGGCUGACACUUGCCCCGGCCUUAGCCAGGGAGGCCGGAGCCGCACCCCCGCCCACUCGCCAUUUCCUUCCCCUGCUGGGACGGCCUCCUCCUCACCCCACGCUCUUGGAGGAGAGUCUGGGGCUGAUGCAAAUCCCGCCUUCACAGGCUGCUCACACUGUCCUUAGCCACCAUUAAACCGAACAGCAGGUGCGGGGACCUUC